AUGGCUUCCUCAAAUGCCGCGUUUACUAAAAAGUUAAGAGUAAGCUAGUUUCUGUUUCUUUUAUAGUGCUACUGGUAACCAGUUUAAUCAUUAUGUUUAGUUGGCUAUAAAAGCAAAGAUCCAGGAGUUGGGUGUUGAUGCGGACGAUGAGCUGCCAGACUAUGUAAUGGUUUUGGCCGCAAAUAAGAAAGAUAAACAGUUAAUGAGAGAUGAUCUGCAGAUAUUCUUGGGCAAAAGCACAGCAGCAUUUGUGGAUUGGUACGUUGAAUACGGUUUUUUACUUUGCGUUUAGGUUAUUCGAUGCAUUUGACAGAAUACAAAAGGGAAUCGCUCCUCCAAAGCCUCCAGAAUCCGAAAAGUAAGUUAUAGUUGGAUAUAAGGUUUGCGUUUUUAGAAGACUUUCGGAUUCAAUUAAGAACCUACCUCAGGAGAAUGGAAAUGCUUUAGAGAAGUUUGAUCGCGGCAAAAGACACAUUUUGGUUGAGUUUGAGAGCAAAGAGAAAAAGAAAAAGGUGAAAAAAAAGAAGGACAAAAGAGAAGUAAGUAUUGGUUUAUAAUUUAGAUUAUUUCUUUCAGGAAACUCCUGAGGGCUUUUUGAAUACAUUCGAACAAAUACAAGGUCCCAAACAUAAGAUCAAGAAGAAGCGGAGGGAUACUGAUAGGUCCCCAUCUCCGGUACGAAAGCAUCACGAGAAAGAGAAAAAGAAACAUAAGAAGAAGAAAAGGACCCCAUCGCCGGUAUAUAAUGCAGAGAAACAUACUCUAAGGUACGAUGUGAUAUCGGAUGACGAGGAAGAUAUUCAUGUUAUAUCAGACGACGAAUCGAUUGAAGAAGGAGAACUAACUUCCAGAAGGCCUAAAUUUAAACCGCGACUUCGAUCUCAAUUAGGUUGCAUAGUUACUAAUACUAAACCCAUAGAAGUAAAUCAAGAGGAGGAAGAUAAACAACAUAGAAAGCAUCACAAACCUCAUAGACGGCAUGAAGAUGAGGAUGCUGAUAAUAAAAUCGAAGCUUCAUCAAAGUGAGUUUGUCUGCUAUCAAUAUUUUAUACCAGAAAUUAGGGGGUCCCUUUGGGCCCCCCUAUUGGAGACUUUGGAAAUUGACAGAAAGACACUACGACAAACAAAAAAUGACAUUCUACUGCAUUGAGACUGGGGAUUUUUAGGAUAUUUGUGAAUAAGAAUGCGGCGAUCUUCAAAAAGGCGAUCUCAUCUGCCAGUCUCAAUAGCCAUGUGAAUGUGGAAGGUUCGUCCAGAAGACGAUCAGAGCAUUCGGAGACUCGGGUAAUGGUGGAGACCAAGGAAACGGGAGUCCAAGCUGACCCUCCAGAUCCAGUGAUGGAUUUUGAACCAGUGAAACAAUCAAAAAAUAAAACGGUGCGAAAAAGAAGAGCCGAUGAUCCUUGUAAGUGUUUCUAUAAUUGGUUCGAUUUGUUUUUUAGUGAGGACUGUCGCUCGGCUAAUGGGUAUGGAAUUAAACAAGGUGAAGAAGAGUACACUCGAAGUGGUUGAGAAGUCAAAAAAGUCGGAGGAGAGUCCGAAGAAGGAGGUAGUGUCCAAUCCAGAGUCAUCUUCGGUAAGUGUUUAUGUAAAUAGAAUAGUUUAUUUUUUUCAUUUAGAGUGAGCCACAAUCCAAAACCCCUUCAUUCUCCGGAUGGAAUGGGCAGAUCACGAUUGAUGACAGCAGUAGUGAAGAUGGGGAAGGUAGGGUUACUCAACUCUCCCAAGUUAUACUUUUCAGAAGCCGAAAUUGAUGCUUUUGUGGCCAGUGCAGUCCAAGAACGACAUGUGCUUGAUGCUCAGCUACCUCCAACAGCAGCCCUCUCUCGACCACAUUUAUAUGCGUCGCAACAAAAAACUAUGUUAGUACUUGCUCAAACCACUGCCUUUCAACCAGAAGUAUCCCAACCAACGCCCACGAUCCCCAUAAAUGAGCGUUGCAGGUUUUGGCCCAAUUGUACGAAAGGAGCGUCUUGUCCUUAUAUACAUCCAACCCAGACCUGUGCUAAGUUCCCGAGUUGUUUUUAUGGGAACAAAUGCUUGUAUAUUCAUCCAUUAUGCAAAUACGGGAUCACCUGUAAGAAGCCGAAUUGCCCAUUUACUCAUGUGGAAGGGGCGGUGUAAGUUACUUCUGAAGAAAGAAAUCUUUUGAGGUUUUACAUUUUUACGUUUUAAUUAUCCCUAAAUUAUUUUGUAUUUGUUUUAGACCCCUCCAAAAAACAGUGCCAGUUCCCGUUUUCAAAUCCCAAAUAAUGUGUAAAUUCAAAGGAAGAUGUGAGAACACCGCCUGUGAGUUCAAACAUCCCCCAUUAUGCGUAUAUGGGAUGGCCUGCAACACUUACGGCUGCACUUUCUUACAUCGGAAACCUGAUCUGAGUAAAUUCAAAUGGAAGAAAAGCUAG